CAUUUCCCAGCGUGCCUUUCGCUCCCGGGCGCUCUCACGUGACCGUCGCCGGCGCCAUGGCGGAAGCAGAGCCGCAGGAGCCCAGGUGCAAUGAAGAAUCUACAGAUGAGUCUGAGGAAGACGACAGUGAAGAGGAGCCCAAGCUGAAGUAUGAAAGGCUUUCAAAUGGCGUUACAGAAAUUCUUCAAAAGGACGUCGCCAGUUGCAUGAUGGUUCAUGAGAAGUUUUUGGCGCUUGGAACGCAUUAUGGCAAAGUUUAUUUACUCGAUGUCCAGGGGAAUAUCACCCAGAAGUUUGACAUUAGUCCAGUUAAGAUAAAUCAAAUUAGCCUGGAUGAAAGUGGAGAACACAUGGGUGUUUGCUCUGAAGAUGGCAAGGUGCAGGUGUUUGGAUUGUACACAGGGGAAGAAUUCCACGAAACGUUUGAUUGCCCUAUUAAAAUUGUCGCUGUUCACCCUCAGUUUGUGAGAUCACACUGCAAGCAGUUUGUAACUGGAGGGAACAAAUUGUUUUUAUAUGAAAAGUCAUGGAUGAACAGAUGGAAACCUUCCGUUUUACAUGAAGGAGAGGGAAAUAUCAGAAAUGUUAAAUGGAGAGGAAACCUGAUUGCUUGGGCCAAUAAUAUGGGCGUGAAGAUACUCGACGUGAUUGCUAAGCAAAGAAUCACCAACGUGCCCCGAGACGAUAUAAACCUGCGUCCUGAUAUGUAUCCCUGCAGCCUUUGCUGGAAAGAUAAUUUAACACUGAUUAUUGGCUGGGGAAAUUCAGUAAAGAUAUGCUCAGUGAAAGAGCGACAUGCCAGUGAAAUGCGAGAUCUGCCAAGUCGUUAUGUGGAAAUAGUUUCCCAGUUCAACACUGAAUUUUACAUCAGUGGAAUUGCACCUCUCUGUGACCAGCUUGUCAUUCUUUCAUAUGUAAAGGAGAUUUCAGAGAAAACUGAAAAGGAGUGUUGUUCCAGACCUAGGCUGGAUAUAAUCCAGCCAUUUCCUGAAUCUUGUGAAGAAAUCUCCUCUGAUGCUCUAACUGUGAGGCGCUUCCAAGAAAAUGAAUGCCGUGAUUAUUGUUUGGAAUAUUCAGAGGGUGAAUCACUGUUUUAUAUCAUCAGUCCAAGAGAUGUUGUUGUGGCCAAAGAACGUGACCAGGAUGACCAUAUUGAAUGGCUCUUGGAAAAGAAGAAAUAUGAAGAGGCUUUGAUGGCAGCUGAGAUCAGCCAGAAGACCAUGAAAAAACACAAGAUUCAGGAUAUAGGUUUGGCCUACAUAAACCAUCUGAUGGAAAUUGGAGAGUAUGACCUGGCAGCACGAAAAUGCCAGAAAAUACUUGGCAAGAACACAGAUCUCUGGGAAUUUGAAGUGCACAGGUUUAAAGAAAUUGGACAACUUAAGGCGAUUAGCCGCUAUUUGCCAAGACGGGAUUCAGUCCUGAAGCCUUUUAUCUAUGAAAUGGUCCUGCAUGAAUUUCUGGAGAGCGACUAUGAGGGUUUUGCAACAUUAAUUAAGGAGUGGCCUGGGAACCUUUAUAACAACGCAAUCAUUGUCCAAGCAGUGGUGGACCAUCUGAAGAAAGAUCCACAGAACAGGACUUUGCUGAAAACGCUUGCAGAGUUGUACACCUAUGACCAACGCUACGGAAAGGCCCUUGAAAUUUAUCUCACACUGAGACAUAAAGAUGUUUUCCAGCUGAUCCACAAACACAAUCUUUUCAGCUCCAUCAGGGACAAAAUUGUUCUGCUAAUGGAGUUUGAUUCAGAGAAAGCAGUUGACAUGCUUUUGGAUAAUGAAGACAAGAUCUCUAUUGAUAAAGUGGUGGAAGAAUUAAAAAACAGGCCUGAAUUGCAGCAUGUGUACUUGCACAAGCUGUUCAAGAGAGACCAUCACAAAGGACAAAAGUAUCAUGAGAAACAGAUCAGUCUGUAUGCUGAAUAUGACCGGCCAAAUUUACUUCCGUUUCUCAGAGACAGCACUCAUUGCCCUUUAGAAAAGGCUCUUGAAAUCUGUCAACAAAGAAACUUUGUAGAAGAGACAGUUUAUCUUUUGAGCAGAAUGGGCAAUAGUCGAAGUGCUCUGAAGAUGAUCAUGGAGGAAUUAUAUGAUGUGGAUAAGGCUAUUGAAUUUGCUAAGGAGCAAGAUGAUGCAGAACUGUGGGAAGAUCUCAUCUUGUAUUCCAUUGACAAACCACCUUUUAUUACCGGCUUGUUAAAUAACAUUGGGACCCACGUUGACCCCAUCCUCCUGAUCCACCGCAUUAAGGAAGGCAUGGAGAUUCCAAACCUGAGAGAUUCGCUGGUAAAAAUUCUUCAGGAUUAUAACUUACAGAUUUUGCUGCGGGAGGGGUGCAAGAAGAUUCUUGUUGCUGACUCGCUUUCCUUGCUGAAAAAGAUGCACCGAACACAAAUGAGAGGAGUGCUUGUGGAUGAGGAGAAUAUAUGUGAAACGUGCCUUUCCCCUAUACUGCCUACAGAUGCAUCUAAAUCUUUCAGUGUAACAGUGUUUCACUGCAGGCAUAUGUUCCACAAAGAGUGUUUUCCUGAACUUAGCACAGAUUCGUCGGUACACUUCUGUAACAUCUGCAGUGCUAAACACAGAGGUCCAGGCAGUGCCAUCUUGGAGAUGAAAAAAUAAUAAUCUUUGGCAUGUUGAGAGCUUAUAUUCUUCCAUGUGUGACUACUUUAAUGUGGCUCAGUGGAGCAGUGCUUCGUUGUCAAUAUGCUACACAUUGUGUGCAUAUGCGUAUGUAACUUUGGCUGUGGAUGUAGUAAGAGGGACUCUUUAAAUCAUCCAGCUCACUGAUAUUUCCUAUGUGGCUUUAAAGUGCUGGCAGCCAGGAAGUAAUCAAUGUGUUCCCUAAUACACCAUUGUGCAGUUCAGAUGCGGUCACCUGUAUGCUUGCUUAAUCUCUACUAAUUAAUGAAAAGUAAACCUAAGUGGGAAAGUCAUUGAGUUGAUACGGUCUGUUUACAAAGUUAAAGCCUGUUAACAGGCUUGAAGUCGUAGCUGAAAUUGCAGUUUGAUCUUUGUUCAAAAACUCUUUGGGGCUCCACAUUCAGGAACAUGUACAUGCAUUGCCUCUCCAAGGUCAACUUGUGUUCUGUACCUUAUCCUUUUAUUCAGGGGACCUCAAAACAGUUGUAAUUUCUAAGAUGUGAAGAUGAUAAAACAAAAACAAAAAAACCUGCCAAUUGAGACCAGGGCUCUACCUACUUUGAGCAUCCUAUGUACAACACAAGCCAACCAAAUGCCCCCAGGAAGCUGACAAACACGGUGUGAAGGCACAGCCCUCCCCUGUAGUGUGUUUCCAAUGCCUGUUAUUCAUAGGUAUACUGCCUCUGGUCUUGGAGGUUCCAUGUCAAUCUGUCUAUCUAUUUGCCACGAUGGCUCAUACCUUUCCUGAGUUUUUCUAGGCUGCCAGUCACUAAGCAGUCACCAAGCGCUUCCAUCUCUGCACCAGAGGUACUACCCUAUCCCCUAAACACCCAGUACACCCCAUUGGAUAAAGUUGUUGUUUAGUUGUUUAAUCGUGUCCGACUCUUCGUGACCCCAUGGACCAGAGCACGCCAGGCAUUCCUGUCUUCCACUGCCUCCCACAGUUUAGUCAAACUCAUGCUGGUAGCUUCGAGAACACUAUCCAACCAUCUUGUCCUCUCUCGUCCCCUUCUCCUUGUGCCCUCCAUCUUUCCCACAUCAGGGUCUUUUCCAGGGAGUCUUCUCUUCUCAUGAGGUGGCCAAAGUAUUGGAGUCUAAGCUUCACGAUCUGUCCUUCCAGUGAGCACUCAGGGCUGAUUUCCUUCAGAAUGGAGAGGUUUGAUCUUCUUGCAGUCCAUGGGACUCUCCAGAGUCUCCUCCAGCACCAUAAUUCAAAAGCAUCAAUUCUUCAGCGAUCAGCCUUCUUUAUGGUCCAGCUCUCACUUCCAUACAUCACUACGGGAAAACCAUAGUUGCUGGGUGGAAAAUAUAUCAUGUGUAUAAUGUCUGUAGCAGGAGAUCUUUGUAAACACAUUGGGAAGGCUCAUACAGCUCCAAGGAUCCCUUUCAUGCCACCCCACAUUUAGUGGGUUCUGUGCGCGCGCCAGUUCUUGGCCCUUGCAUGCAUUCGCAUGAAGCAGAUAGCUGUCACAAGCAGAAGGCAAACAGCAUCUGCUUCAAAGUGGGUUGGUUGUGCAGUGGCUCACUUCUUUGUCAUGAUGCCACAACGAAGCAAAAAGCCAGCGCCCUUUUCUCCAGAGGCUCUAGGUUUGCAGUAACUACAUGAAUGUGCUACGAAAUGUUCUCUGCUCGUCCCCCACCCCCUGGCUGCUAAACAGGUUUCGUAGACCAUGGCAUCCUGUUAGUAAAAUAAAAUAAAUGAAAUGGGGAGAAUGAAACUGUCUUUAAGUACAUGUAACCACAUUAUUUUCCUGUGCCUCUUGCUGUUUAAACCUAAGUCUUUCUGACCCAUAUAUUAGUACCAUCAUCUGGAUUACAUAAUCCCAGAUGUUUGCAUAUUGUUUCGUGAACUCAUCUGUCCUCUCUGAACUAUAUUGUGCUAUAUGAUGGAGUCACAGCUUUUUUUUAAAAAAAAGGAAGAUUAAAUCCUAGUAAAAGCUUA